AUGGAUAGUAUACCGCUAGAAAUGGAUGAUAUUUUUGAAGAUUAUGAAGAUGCUGAAGAUUUUUAUCCAGCGAGACUUCCAGACCUAGCUGAUGAACUUGACCCUUUAAGGAAUGAAGGGGAGGAGGCUGAAGGAGGAGAUGACUUACAAGAAAACCCUGAAAUAUUAUCCAAGUUGAAAAGUAUGAAAGGAGCAUCUAAAAAUGUUCCUAAAAGAUCAAUGCCCAAACUAAAUGCAGAGAGAUUAUUAGGAGAUCGUGGGAUUCCAGCCUUACCACAAAUGUUUAAAAAAGUGCCACUUUUGGGAAGAAAUCAUGAGGCUGAAGAUCUCAAACUUAUCAUGCGACACCUAGAGCAUUGGGGUCACCGCCUUUUCCCCAAAAUGCCAUUUGCUGAAGUAUUAGACAGAGUAGAAAGAUUAGGCUCCAAGAAAGAAGUUCAGAACUGUGUCAAAAGAAUUCGACUUGACAUGCCGGUUGUUUCACUUCAAGAUGAAGUUGAUGAGGUUCAGCGAGGAAGUCAGUUGGAGGAAGAUAGCAACACUAGUUUGAAUCAACUGAAUCAUUCUCUUGAGAUUGAUGAAUCAGAACUUGAUGAUUUAUUACGCGACCAAGGCAAACCAAUAAAUAUUGUAUCUAGGACAGAACCACAAAAUCAGGCUACAGUUUUAUCUUCACCCCUACUUGGUAAAACAUCACAGACCCAAACUUUGUCUGAUGAGCUGAAAGCUAAAAUAGAGAGGAACAAAAUGUUGGCACUUAGUAAACGAGUUGCCAAAUUAAAAGAAAAACAGUCUACGCUUGAUGUUGACCAGUCAAAAGGCAUUGAUGACUGUAAUAACUUGACUGUAUUGCAGAAGUCUAUUGAGACUGAGGAUGAAUUGUUAGAAAACUAUGUACCAGAAACCACAGCUACUUCUAAAGAUAAAAGUCAGGUUGAAUCAGAGAAACCUUUGAAAGCCAAAGAUUUCAACUCCUCCCAUUUCUAUGAUGAUGAAGAAAGCAAUUCUGAUGCAUUAUUUAUUGCUGAAGAUGAGUAGCUAGCAUUUGCAAGUUUAAAACAGAAUGUUUUGUUCAAAUGUAAAUGUUGUAUUCAAAUAAUAUUACUAUUGUUUUUUUUAUGCGAAUUUGCAAUACAAAAAAAAAAUUAUUGGUGAUUACUAUAACUAUAUUUACUUUCAGUAUGAUGCCUCUUCUGAUUUGUAAGAACUGGUCAUUGAAAAACUAAGCGCAUAUUACAGAAAAAGAAUCUGUGGUAAAUUCUCAAAUAAAGUGUUUUGUUAUGCUAAUUGUGAAAUAACAAAAACUACUAUUAGAAAUAACAAAAACCCUAUCAAAUAGUUUCAUCUGUAGCAUUUGUGGCACACUUUGUAACUAUCAAAUGGAUCUUGGUAACUAUAUAAAACUCUAAACUAUGUAACUGUUUAGUGUGUUUAGGUCCUCCCGCACUGUUCGGCGCAUUGGGCGGCAAGCUGUCUCCACAAAUAUCUGUCACUGGCAAUGUCUGAAGCCUCCUCCCACCUGGUGUCCACUGUUCUGAGGUCCUCCAUGAAGGUGUGUCGCCAAGUAAUACGAGGACGUCCCUGUUUGUGCUUUCCUCGUUUUGGCUUCCAUGUUAUCGCAACUCUUGGUGUGCGUAAUUCAUUUUGACGUAGAACAUGUCCCGCAAACCUCAUGUGACACUCAGUCACAACCUCACUAAGUGUUCGACUCCCAGUUCGGCAUAGGAUUUCCUUGUUUGAGAUCCAGUCUGUGUAACUGACUCCCAAAAUCUGUCUCAGCCAUCUCUGUUGAGCCACAUUUAGUCUUUUCUCAAUUUUGACAGAUGACUUCUACGUCUCACAUGCAUAUGUAGCAGUUGGAAUGACGAUUGUGUUGAGAAGGUGUAUUUUUGUCUGAGUCCAAUGGCUUGGCUAGUCCAAAUAGGCUGCAGCCUUUGGAAAAUGCUCCCUGCCUUUCCUAUUCGGCACGCUACAUCAUGGUAAGCAUCUCCAUCAUUUGUUAUGAUGCUGCCAAGGUACGUGAACUUGUCCAGCUCUUCAAGCUUUGACUCGCCAAGUCUGACGGGGACACCCUUGGCCUUAUAUCCCAUAUGUAUCGCAUAAUUUUAGUCUUAUCCAAGUUUAUGCGGAGGCCAAUUUUGGGUUCCUCUCUGUCUAGGCUCUCCGUCAUUUCUUGAAUGCAUUUAUUUGUGGUUGUUUUUUUUUCUUCACAAAUGUAAGGCUGAGGUUCCCUAACAUUGAAAUAAAAAUAUAUACUUGA